CAUUGAUAAGUACCUCUAACCGUCGAUCUUCCGCCUCCAGCAGCCGAAGCGGACAGAGUCACUCCGAUAUCCCCACACACACACACUAAAACACUCCUGGUUUGUCAACGCGGGGCCGAGCCGACGCUUCUCUGAGCGGUAAAGAAACACCGACUUUAACAGUCUUUUUUUCUCUUCAGAUCACCCUGUAACCAGCUUUCCAAAUGAGUGACGGGGAGUGUGACUUCUUCUGCUUCUUCCGCUGCUGCUGAGCGCGCUCUCUACGCGCCUCAGGUAGACAGGAAGGCAGGGUGUCUCUGAACAGUGACACAAACAGGUGGAAAGGUGACGCAGGGAGAAACGGGGAGGCUGAUCUUCAAACGAGCCAUUUAAGCCAAUAGAACCAUUUGGAGCCGACAGGUAGCCGGACAGUCUACCUGUCCGUGUGAUUGAUUCAAUCGACUGGAUGUCUGUGGACAUGAACAGCCAGGCGUCGGACAGCAAUGAGGAAGACUUUGGGGUGAAUUCUGAAGAAGAGGACGAUGAGGACGAUGGAGGAGAAGAGGAGGAUCAGGGCGACAUUGCAGGCUACUAUGAGGGCGUGGCCGGCGACGUGGAGCAACAGGGCGCCGACUCCUUUGACCCAGAGGAGUACCUGUUCACCUGUCUGACCUACAAAGAGAGUCAGAGGGUGUUAAUAGAGGAGGUUAACACUGUGGCUGCUGCACUGAAGGUUUUACCAGCGGUAGCAAAACUGAUCCUGGUGCAUUUGCACUGGCAGGUUUCACAAAUACUGGACAGAUAUAAGUCCAACUCGUCUCUGCUGUUGUCGGACGCUCUGGUCCAGCCCAGCAGCACCUGCAGAUCAGUCACUGCCCCUCAGUCCCUCCAGUGUGGUGUGUGUCUACAGGUCGUACGGAGAGACUCCCUGCUGGCGCUGCCCUGCCAGCACUCCUUCUGCAAAGCAUGCUGGGAGCAGCACUGCACGGUCCUGGUCAAAGAUGGCAUCGGAGUGGGUAUCUCAUGUAUGGCUCAGGAGUGUUCCCUGCAGAUGCCAGAAGACUUUGUCAUGCCGUUGCUGCCAGGAGAGGAGCUGAAGGACAAAUACAGACGCUACCUCUUCAGAGACUACGUCGAGAGUCACUUCCAGUUGCAGUUGUGUCCAGGUGCAGACUGUCCCAUUGUCAUCAAGGUGCAGGAGCCUCGGGCGCGCAGGGUGCAGUGUAGCCGCUGCAGUGAAGUAUUCUGUUUUAAAUGCCGUCAGAUGUACCACGCACCCACAGACUGUGCAACAAUCCGGAAAUGGCUGACCAAAUGUGCAGAUGACUCGGAGACGGCUAACUACAUCAGUGCACACACUAAAGAUUGUCCGAAGUGCAAUAUCUGCAUUGAGAAGAACGGAGGGUGCAAUCACAUGCAAUGCUCCAAGUGUAAACACGACUUCUGCUGGAUGUGUCUUGGUGACUGGAAGACUCACGGCAGUGAAUACUACGAGUGCAGCCGCUACAAAGAAAACCCUGAUAUAGUCAACCAGAGCCAGCAGGCUCAGGCCAGAGAGGCCCUCAAGAAAUACCUCUUCUACUUUGAGAGGUGGGAGAAUCACAACAAGUCUCUGCAGUUGGAGGCUCAGACGUACCAGAGGAUCCAGGAGAAGAUCCAGGAGAGAGUGAUGAACAACCUGGGAACCUGGAUCGACUGGCAGUACCUGCAUAACGCUGCAAAGCUACUGGCUAAGUGUCGCUACACACUGCAGUAUACGUACCCUUACGCCUAUUACAUGGAGUCCGGCCCACGCAAGAAACUGUUUGAGUACCAGCAGGCCCAGCUAGAAGCAGAAAUAGAAAACCUGUCGUGGAAGGUGGAGCGGGCCGACACCUACGAGAGGGGAGUGGUGAGUGGCGAGGGGGAGCUCACCGCCAGUGACAGAGGGGAUCUGGAGAAUCAGAUGCACAUUGCUGAGCAGAGGCGACGCACGCUGCUGAAGGAUUUCCACGACACCUGAAGCUCCAAUCGCGACUGCAAAGCACCAGCAUCUCCCUCCUUACUUCCUUGUCUCCUACUUUUGCUUCCUUCCAUGACCAUCCCUCGGUGCAGUCAUACUGACCCCUCCUUUUGCUUGUCUACACUCGCUCAUUCGCUUCUUUCUUUCUGUCUUUCCCUCCUCUCACUCCCACAAUGCUGCAGGAUCACAGAAUGGCACGAUUGUAUCUCCCCUUCCUCUCCUCAUCCUCACCUUCACCUCGUUUACAUGUUUUGGCUCCAGAGCAUCACGUUCACCGUGGUUACAGCUUUUCAGAUCUGAUCAUAAAGGUCCAAUUUUGAGGUCUUGUCAUGUGUCUAAAAAACAGUGGGUAUUCCACAUUAAGCAUUUAGACACUGACACGAGCUGCUAAAAGCAACAUGUUGCCUGUUGAAAAGACUUGGAGCUGUUACGUUAUUCCUGUGAUCAUGUUGGAAUAAUCAUUAGAGACAAAUGGUAAGAUGAUGGUGAAGCUUUUGUUGUUAAGCAGACAAGGAAGAUGUAGGAGAUGGAAUACAUUUUCUUUAAGGAGACUGCUGAUUGUGGAUCUGUAUUUGGUGGUUUCACAUAGACUGUAAUGACUAGAGGGCCCUUGCUGGCAGUUGUACCUGUAGUACUGGUUUUGCCUGAACACGUGCAAAGUAUAUUUUCUGAGCACAUUUAAAUUUCAGUUACCACUCCUAAACUGCAAAUGGUUAAUUAACAUAAAUAAAUAAGAAUUUGAUUUCAGCAAAGAUGAUGGAGUAGUUGUGGAGUGUGAUACUUCCAGAUGAAACGUGUCACUCUCACUGUCCUGGCUUUGUUUUCAACAAACUUUAUAAUCAACCAAGACAGAUGCAACUUCACGGACCAAUGAAGAAUUUUCAGUUGCAGAUUAUUGGUGGCUUCAAAUGAAACUCGUGAGCUUGUGUUUACGACAUGGAAAAUCCUGUACACAAUAUGCUUGGCAUUCAAGAGGUUAAGCCGUGAAGAACACCACUGCUAAACAACGGCAAUAUUAACGUUACUUUCAGCGUCUAAAAGGCAGAGGCUAACAAUUUAGCAAGCGGGUAACAUAAUGCAGUAAAUGCAAAGGCAUAAUGGCAGAGGGAAAAGAUGAGGCCGUUGGGAACAUCAGCAUUUUCCUCAGACCUAUUAAAGCAAUAUAAGACUAAAAUUACAGUAUAUUAACUUAUUAUGCAACGAAAAAUAAACUUCCAUGGUCUGACAACUUCAUCAAACACGUCACAAGUCGUAAACUCUGAGCUUUCAGAAACGUUCCACUUACGAGGUCGGGCAUUCAUAUCAACUCUUCUCGUGAGCACGGUAAACACGACCCCAUUUUCAGGCACCAUGUGGAGACCUUUCAUUGUAAAGGUGCUUCUUUUUUUGAUAUUCUGCCAUAAAUGUGGUGUGUUUACUGUGGGAAAAUGGUGACCUCACAGUCCCGCAUACUUCUUGAAAUAAACAAAAUACAGUAUUUUCCUACGUAUGAUGCAUGUUCAUGUAAACAAAGCGCUAAAGAAUAAGUUUAAUGUGCUUUUUUUUUUUUUAUUUGUUGCCAGUAUUUCACAAUAAACACACCUUCCCCCUUUGUGUUUGUACCUAACCAGACCCACUACAGCUACUACUGCCAGCCAAUAGUUGCUCGUCAUCAUGGUCAAACUACUGAAUUACUUUGUCCCAUUAUUGUCUCUUUACUCUCAUACUGAUGUUGUUGCUUGCUUGUGUUCAGCUAUUGUAGAUCCAAACCAUUGUGAGCCAGAUCUUCUCCAUAAAACAUUUGCACCUCCACUGAUCAGAUGAAGUUAAGUGUAAUCUCGGCCCAUACAUGCACACGACAGCACCCACCCAGCGACAUUGACAUAGCAUCUGCAUGCACAUAUUGACACACUCAUGCUCAAACACUCCGCUGCAGAAAAUUAACAGUUAAUUUGUCUCCUUCCCCCAUCUCGUGCUCUCUUCUCUUUCUUUACUCUCAUCCCCUCACUUUAAUUUCUCUUUUCUCCCUGCUCACAUUGUUCACUUGUCUUCUGGAAAAUGGCUGUUGAUAGAUAGAUCGUUUAAAAAAAAAAUGGGGAAAAAAAGAAAAAAAUACAAAAAAAUUGUUGUAAUUUUCAACGGUUGUACAUUAAUACAGAAAUAGAGUUACUGAGAGUUUUUAAAACCGGA